AUGAAUCCCAGAAACCUCAACUACAAUACAACCAAUCCGGCCCCUCUGAACCAAUUCUCACCGUACAUCCACGACGGCUUGGUCCUCCAAGUAAUCAAGUCCAAGCAACUGCAAUCGAACCCUUACCACGCCCUCCUCUUCUUCAACUGGGCCUCGAACCCUCGCCCGAACCCUAACCACUACGCCCACAGCCACAGAUGCUACGCCGCCAUCGUCGACCUUCUCCUCUCCCACUCCCUCUUCGCCGCCGCUUCCUCCCUCCUCGAAGCCUCCAACAGGGUCUCCGAUCUCACGCUCAGCAAGUUCAUCUCGGCGAAUGGCCGUCUGGGCAACGUGAAAGCCGCCGUCUUUUGGUUCCACAGGGCGAGAACCACGGUUGGGGUGAAUGGGGAUUGUUUGUUCUCGUGCAACGCCAUUUUGGGUGCUCUGGUGAGGAACAACCGGAUCGAUUUGGCUCGAUCGAUUUUCGAUCAGAUUGUGCAGGAUGGUAGAGUGAACCCUGAUGUCUCGACUUACACCACGAUGAUCACGGGGUAUUGCAAGUUGGGCAUGGUCGAGGAAGCACGGAAGGUGUUCGAUGAAAUGCCUUGCCAGCCGAACAAAGUAACGUAUAACGCCCUGGUUAAUGGUUAUUGCAAGGCGGGAGAUAUGGACUCGGCGAAGUUGAUUUUCUCGAGAAUGAUUGGUGGGGGAUCCGGUUGUUCCCCUGAUACGAUAACUUACUCUAUUCUGAUCGAUGGUUAUUGUAAGAGAGGCGAGUUUGAUGAGUCGGAGAGAUGGCUGAAUGAGAUGGUGAAUCGCGGUUGCAUUCCCAACCUUUUGACCUACAAUGCGAUAGUCUACAGCUUGUGCUUGAGAGGGUUAGUUGAUGAAGCCAAGAAGUACCUCACAAAGAUGAGGCUGAAUGGAGUGAGAGAAAAUCUCCUUACUCACAUGAGCAUCUUGAAGGGCCUUUCUGUUGCAGGGAAGUCCGGUGAAGUAGUGAGAUAUUUCAGAGAGGGGCUCCGAGAAGGGAAGAUAAAAAAUCCCGGCUCGAAAGUCUAUGCAAUCUUAGUGAGGGAGUACUGCAAGAUGAGGAAACCAGACGAAGCGAUCUCUGUAUUAAAGGAAAUGUGUAAUAAGAGGAUCAAGCCGAAUGUUUCGUGCUUCAACUCAGUGUUCAGGGCUCUGUUGGAGGUCGAGAAGCCAGACGCAGCUGCCUUGCUGAUGAAGCAGAUGAAGAAAAUGGGGUGCAAGCCAAAUUUCAUAUCGUACAGCACAGUCGUAUCAGGCCUUUGUACAGCUGCCGAUAGCCAUCGGAUGAGAGAGGUGGAGGAGAUUGUGAACGAUAUGAUCAAGGAUGGUAUCUCGAUGGAUGCAGGGUUGUACAGUAUCUUGGUUUUGGGGUAUUGCAGAGAAUGCAAUGUCGAAAUGGCGAGGAAGUUUCUCGGCGAAGCGAUUAGUAACAGCUAUGUAGUGAGCUUGGAGGCUUUUACAGCUUUCCUGGAAUGCGUGAUGGGUGAGAAGGGGGAAGUGAGUGACGGUGAGAAGCUGUUAGCAGAGAUGUGUAAGAGAUGUGCUGUCCUCGAUCCAGCUAGCUAUAUGCAAGCUCUGAAUCGAUUUGUUCUCCGGUAG